AAUGUUGUGACCCAUUGGAACAUCCUUAAUACAACUAUAGAGAUGUCCUCAGGUCAUUCCGCCGCAGACAAUUCGUCCACAAGGCCGGUGUCGGAGCAGACUCCUCUUCUGGGGGAUCACAGUCGAAAUGAUUCCGAUCAGGUUGGGGACUCUCCGGUCCCGCUAGCCGACGAACCCACCACCAGGGAGCUGAUCCUGGUUAUGGCAAGUGUCUGGGUGGGCGUCUUUCUCGCGGCAUUGGAUACCACAAUCGUCGCGACCCUAAGCGCUCCGAUCUCGUCAUCCUUCCACUCCUUGUCCUUGCUGUCGUGGCUGGCCACCUCUUACCUAAUCUCCAAUGCUGCUUUCCAACCCCUGAGCGGUCGUCUAACGGACAUUUUCUCUCGCCGGGCCGGACUCGUCUUCUCGAAUGUCUUCUUCGCAGCGGGAACAUUGAUGUGCGGUUUGGCAAAGAGCGAGGGUGCUAUCAUAGCGGGUCGGGUCAUUGCAGGCAUCGGCGGCGGCGGUCUGACGGCCAUUUCAACCAUCAUCAAUUCAGAUUUGGUACCCUUGCGAAAGCGAGGGAUCUGGCAGGGGAUAGGCAACAUUUGCUACGGCGCCGGAAGUGGGUUGGGCGGCGUCUUCGGAGGAUGGGUCAACGACACGAUGGGAUGGCGGUGGGCUUUCCUCAUCCAGGUGCCUUUCAUCGUGGUGUCGGGCAUCUUGGUGACUGUCAUGGUAAAAGUGCCGGUCAAGGAAGCUGAAAACGCCAAACUCAAACGGGUGGACUUCUUCGGAGCGUUUACGUUGGUCACCACGCUGGUCUUGUUCCUCCUCGGGCUCAAUACAGGUGGAAACCAAGUUCCCUGGACGCAUCCGCUCAUCUUGGUCUCGCUGCCGCUGUCCGUUGUGUCUUUUGCUCUCUUCAUCUACAUCGAAGCGAAUGUUGCGUCGGAGCCGGUAAUCCCUGUCCGGCUCCUCCUGGAUCGGACUGUGUUUGCGGCCUGCUUGACCAACUGGUUCAGCACCAUGACUGUCUUCGGGCUUCUGUUUUACUUGCCCAUUUUCUUUCAGGUUCAGGGCCUCUCGGCCACGGCAGCGGGUGUGCGGUUGAUUCCUCAAGCCAUUGGAACAUCGAUUGGUUCGCUCGGGGCUGGCUUCCUCAUGCGUUCAACAGGACGGUACAAAGUGUUUGUCCGCAUCACGCUAGCUCUCUUGGUCAUCUCGGCCAUUCUCAUUAGCACCUUGUCCCUCACGACUCCGUCAUGGCUACCGUUUAUCUACUUCUUUUUGAUGGGUACGGCUUACGGCAGUAUGCUGACCCUUACCCUGGUGGCGCUGAUCUCAGCGGUGGACCACGAACACCAUGCCGUGAUCACAUCUGCAUCUUAUGCCUUCCGCAGCACCGGAAGCACGAUUGGCAUUACGGUGGCCUCCGCAGUCUUCCAGAAUAUCUUGAAGUCGGGCUUAUGGAGAAGAUUUGGAGACCGGGAACACGCGGGGGAAUUGAUCUCCAGAAUCCGAGACAGUCUCGAUGAGAUCCACCGUCUCCCUGCGGACUGGAUUCCGGGAGUGUUGGAUGCAUAUAUAGACUCAUUACGGGCAGUAUUCCUUACAUUGCUCGGAUUGGCCGUGUUGGGAGCAUUGGUCAGCAUGGGGAUGCGCGAGCAUAAGCUGCAUUCGAACCUUUCCCGACGGGAAGAGUAGUAUAGAUCUUAUACGUAGUACUCCAUAGGAGAGCUAUAACAAGGUAGAGAGUGGAAACAACCCCCGGGGGAGAAAGAAUGG